AUGGAUGGACGGUGGGGAUUCAAGCUGUUCAAGUUCAGGAUGAUGUUAAUGCUGGUCUUGUCACUGUUUGAUCAGAACAUGAGCUUUUCCUCGGCUUCCAACAGUGAAGGUUUGGCUUUGUUGAGGUUCAGAGAGAGAGUGGUGAUCGACCCUUUUGGUGCUUUGUGGAACUGGAAGGAAAAUGAUGGAGAGAUUGAUCCCUGUUCUUGGUUCGGGGUCGAGUGCUCCGAUGGAAAAGUAGUCAUUCUAAAUUUGAAAGAUCUUUGCCUUGUUGGGACCCUGGGACCUGAGGUUGGGAAGCUGGGGUAUUUAAAAUCUAUCAUAUUGCGCAACAAUUCUUUUUCAGGAACCGUUCCUGAAGAAAUCUGGGAAUUGAAGGAGCUGGAGGUGUUGGAUUUAGGAUACAAUAACUUUAGUGGACCAUUUCCAUCUAAUUUUGGCAAUAAUCUUUCCCUCACAACUCUUUUACUCGACAACAAUGAGUUUCUUGGCAGCCUAGCACCUGAAUUGAAUGAGGUUAAGAAGCUUUCCGAAUUUCAAGUAGAUGAGAAUCAGCUGACUAAUGGUGCUACUAGACCAUCUUGUAAAAAUGGAGGUUUUCCUCGGAACAUUGCGCAGCCAGAAGAUGUAGUUCACUGGAGGCGGCUGCAGCAGGUAGUAGAUACCUCAAAUGCAGUGAAAGCCAAUGAAAGGGAUUCCCAACUGUCACCAUCACCUUCAAUUGCACCUAAUCAUCUGUCUUCACCAUCAGAAUCCCCAUUUUCACCUUCAGUGUCACCUUCACCAUCAUCCUUGUCACCAUCUCUAUCUCCAUUGGAGUCGCCAUUUUCGUCUCCAGCAGCGUCCCCCUCUAGUAUCUUUUUGCCACCUUCACCUUCACCUGCACUAGCACCGACUCCAGCUUCACAACCUCCUGUUGAUCCACCAGUAUUUAUCUCUGAACCACCACAAUCACAUGGUGUCCCUACCAAUUUCCCUGCUUCAACUCCAAGCCAAAUAGCAGAUGAGAGUUCUGACAUAAAGCAUCAUAUGGUUCUAGUUUUGGUUGCAAGUAUUGGGGGUUCUGUGUUUGUUUUGAUUUCAGUCCUAGGCAUUGUCCUCUUCCGAAGUAGCAAGGUAGUUACCGUAAAACCUUGGGCCACUGGAUUAAGUGGGCAGCUGCAGAAGGCAUUUGUAACAGGUGCACCAAAGCUCAAGCGAUCAGAACUUGAAGCAGCCUGUGAAGAUUUCAGCAACAUAAUUGGCACUUUUUCGGAUGGCACAGUCUAUAAGGGAACUCUAUCAAGUGGGGUUGAAAUAGCCGUGACAUCAACUGCAGUUGCAUCUCGUGAAGAUUGGUCAAAGAAUUUAGAAACACAAUUUAGAAAGAAGAUAGACACAUUGUCUAAAGUGAACCACAAGAAUUUUGUGAACCUCAUCGGCUAUUGCGAAGAAAAUGUGCCUUUCACAAGAAUGAUGGUUUUUGAGUAUGCUCCUAAUGGAACACUCUUUGAGCAUCUACAUAUACAAGAAGCCGAGCACUUGGACUGGGGAAUGCGAUUGAGAAUAGCCAUGGGAGUAGCAUACUGCCUUGAGCACAUGCAUCAGCUAACUCCACCUAUAGCCCCUAGAAACCUGCAGUCUUGCUCUGUCUAUCUGACUGAAGACUAUGCUGCCAAAAUAUCUGAUUUCAGCUUCAUGAAUAAUGCUACCGCAGCCAAGGUGGGAUCAGCUACCAUGGAGCUCUUAGAAUCCCCAUCAGCAGAUGCAGACAGCAACGUUUACAGCUUCGGUGUAAUAUUGUUUGAAAUGAUAACUGGUAGGAUCCCAUAUUCGGUUGACAAUGGCUCUCUUGCAGACUGGGCCUCCGACUAUUUGAGAAGGGACCAACCCUUGAAAGAAAUGGUGGAUCCAACUCUUAAAUCUUUCCAAGAAGAUGAGCUAGAGAAACUUUUUGAAGUGAUUAAAAGUUGUGUUCAUCCUGAUCCUAAAGAGAGACCAACAAUGAGAGAAAUCGCAGCUAAGUUGAAAGAGAUCACAGCAAUGGGACCUGAUGGAGCAACUCCAAAACUAUCUCCCCUUUGGUGGGCCGAGCUUGAAAUCCUGUCUACAGAAGCAAGUUGAUCAGUGAAGUUGAAACCUGAAUAAAUUUGCAUUCUCUUUUUUCCGUGUUUUUGUUGUUGGGUUCUGAACCAUAUGGAGCUUCGGGUAGAUUCUGGUUUCUCUAAUCUAAUGCCUGGUAAGGAGAAAUGAUUCUUUGUAUAUACUGAGAGAGGAAGAGUUGCUGGCCUUGGUUUGCUGCUACUACAUUCUUUUCGUUUUUUUUUCCCUUUCCAUUUCCUCAUUUGUUCAUUCAUAUGUUAAAAUGGGUUGUAUAAAUUCCAGUACAACAGCUUGGGAGAUGAAUAGAUGUUGAUUCUCUUCCCUUUAUCCUGUAUCAGUAUGUUUUAAACCAUCUGAUCACUCUUACCUCCGAAA